ACUCGAUAUGCAAGUAUGCAAGGAAAAGAGACGUGACGCGUGUAGUUUGAUUCGACCAAAAGUACAAGUAGAAAAUAAGUGAGUACAAAAUACAGAGGAGAGGGAAAGAAACGCGUCGUGGUUUGAUUCGAUUCCCGCCGUUGUCUGACACAUCACAAUCGCGUUAGUGUAGAGCAUCGACACCUCUUCUCUUUCUUCUAUCUACUUUUUUCACUGGGGCUGAGCCGCUGAGACUGAGACAGUGAGUGUGGCAGAAGAUAGAGAUGGCGGUUGGGGGAGUGAUGUUGGACGAGUGUGUGCUACUUGAGAAUUCAAUUGGGUUGCUACCAGCUGCCCACACUCUGCUCCGUCAGCUCCGCCAUUCCAACAUCCUUACGGGAAUUUCUUAUGGACCUGGUCUUGAACCUCAUAAGGUCAGACUUCUGAAAGAGAUUGCAAUGCAGUAUUCCCUCCAUUCCUUCCUCUUAGAUGCAUCCUCUAUAGAUAAUUCUAUAAAUGAGGUCGCACUAGCUUGGCGUGAAAUUGGAGGCAGAGUUUUGUACUUGGCAUCUGACAACAGGAAAGACAUCUUCCCUCCACUAAGCAAAAGUGGUUGGCUGGUGGUUGUUAUGAAGGUUGAAGGCAGCAGUGCAUGUGGGAGUUCAAGCAUGAUUUACAUAAACAAACUGCAGGAGUUACCUUUGACAAUAUGCCACUUAAAUAAGAAGGCAAUUGGAAACAGUGUUGUGACAGUUGCUUAUAUUAUGAAGCCUUCUCGUGAAGAAGAUUUUGCUAAGAGAGGUGCAUUCCCCAUGUGUCCUACUCAAAAUGGGCUGAUGUUCAUGCCCCUCACAUUUGAACUUCCCCUAUCACCUCAAUUACUAAAUGUUGAUGUACUUCUCCAUAAAGCAACUGAUGAAAUUAUGUCUGUUGAUUUGAAGAGCUUACAUUCCUCUAAAAAGAUAACAUACAGCAGGGGCAUGCAGGAAUUGCAAGGAUAUAUGGAACAUCACCAGGACCUCUGUGUGAUUGACCCACUUAACUCUAUAAAUCCUGUGUUGGAUCGAUUGGAAAUUCAACAGAUUCUACUUGCAUUGGAGGAUCUCAAAACUGGAAAAUGCUGUGCAAUUAGGGGGGCCCAUUAUCUGAAGGUUGAUGACUUUAACCAUCCUGGUCUAACUGAAAUGCUAUCUGAAGCUAAACUAGCUCUUCCAAGUAUUGUAAAACCUCAAGUUGCUUGUGGUGUAGCCGAUGCUCAUAGUAUGGCAAUUGUUUUUAGAGUUGAAGACUUUAAGGAUUUGACUGUUCCUCUACCGGCAAUUAUUCAGGAAUAUGUGGAUCAUUCCUCAACACUCUACAAAUUUUAUAUAUUGGGUGAGAAAGUCUACCAUGCAGUUAAGAGCUCCACACCAAAUGCAGAUACCUUGAUUAGAUUAUCUGGAAGUAAACCUUUGGUCUUUGACAGCCUAAAAUCCUUGCCCACUAGCAAACUGAAUCCGAACUCUGUAGACAAUAACAGCUCGAAGGACACAAAGCAAUGCAUUGAUCUUGAGUUGGUUACCAGUGCAGCUAAUUUUCUUAUGAGAAAGCUUGACCUCACCGUCUUUGGCUUUGAUGUUGUAAUCCAGGAAGGUAGCGGUGACCAUGUCAUUGUAGAUGUAAAUUACCUUCCAUCAUUCAAGGAAGUACCGAAUGUAGUUGCCAUCCCUGCGUUUUGGGACGCUAUUAAGAGGAAAUUUGAAUUGAAAAGGAAGAACCAAGUGUGAGGUAGCUAGCUAUAGAAUGUAACAUGCUUUCAGUUGAAGAUGUAAUCUGAUCAGGGCAGGUGAUUAGAAGAAACAAGCAACCCACCCCCCUGUAAU